AAGAGAGAGGCUUAGCAAAGCCAUGGCUCAAACAGCUGCAGCCUAGAGGGCAGGAGUCAAGAUGACGGAACGCUACGACUGUCACUACUGCAAAGAGUCGCUCUUCGGCAAAAAAUACGUUCUUCGGGAUGACAAUCCCUACUGUGUGAAGUGCUAUGAGAGCCUCUAUUCCAACACCUGCGAGGAAUGCAAGAAACCCAUUGGCUGCAACAGCAGGGAUUUGUCCUAUAAGGACCGUCACUGGCAUGAGGACUGCUUUCACUGUUUCCAGUGCAAGCGUCCACUGGUGGACAAGCCGUUUUCCACCAAGGAUGAGCAGCUGCUGUGUACUGAGUGCUACUCCAAUGAGUAUUCCUCCAAGUGUGACGAGUGUAAGAAGACCAUCAUGCCGGGCUCCAGGAAGAUGGAGCAUAAGGGGAACAGUUGGCAUGAGACCUGCUUCACCUGUAACCGCUGCCAGCAGCCCAUCGGCACUAAAAGCUUCAUCCCCAAAGACAACAACAACUACUGCGUGCCUUGCUACGAGAAGCAGUUUGCUAUGCAGUGCGUGCACUGCAAGAAGCCCAUCACCACUGGUGGGGUGACCUACCGUGACCAGCCGUGGCAUAAGGACUGUUUCUUAUGCACCGGCUGUAAGCAGCAGCUCUCCGGCCAGCGCUUCACUUCCCGGGAUGACUUCGCCUACUGCCUCAACUGUUUCUGCAACCUCUACGCCAAGAAGUGCGCCUCUUGUACCACUCCCAUUAGCGGUCUUGGGGGCAGUAAGUAUAUCUCUUUCGAGGAGCGUCAGUGGCAUAACGACUGCUUCAACUGUAAGAAGUGCUCCGUGUCUCUGGUCGGGCGAGGUUUUCUGACCGAGCGCGAUGACAUCCUUUGCCCGGACUGUGGCAAAGACAUCUGA